AUUACUCACAACACUAUGAAUUUUAUCUCCUAAAAAAAUAUAUAUAGUGAUUCAUAAUUUUUCAAUAGCAUCCAACUCCAACAAUGAAUUUUCUCAUUAUUCAAACGAUAGUUAUUCCUCGAGGAAAUCUAACCUAAAGAAAAUACAUUUUCACUUAUAUGCAAAUAAAUAUUUCGCAUAAAAUAUUUACAUUUGAACGAUAAAUAAUAUAAGUAAUGAGUUACAAAACAGUUAAAGUUAUUGUAUGUUUAUUAUUAGGAGUAAUUUCAAUAACUGGUGACAAAUUAGUUGAAUAUAAUGAAAAAAAUCAUUUAUUGCGAGCUGUUAUUGACAAUCUAACUCAUGGUUGUGUUGCUGGUUUAUCAUGGGCAUUUAUUGUUUUGUUACUAAAUGAAUCUAUUGUUAAAAAUAUUAUCAGUAUUUUAUUAUGCGCAUCAAUGUCGUCGUUCAUUGACGUUGAUCAUUUUAUUGAAGCUAAAAGUUUUCAUAUAGAUGACGCAAUACGUCUAGAUCACCGACCAUUUUUUCACUGUACAACAAUACCAAUUGUUAUUUGGUCAACAUUUUUAUUAGGAUCAAAAAUACUCAGUGAUAAUGAACUGAAUUAUUAUGCAUGGAUUGUAUUUACAAGUUUUUUGAGCCAUCAUAUACGAGAUGGAACCAGAAGAGGUCUUUGGUUUUUUCCAUUUGGCUCGACUAGAAAAAUUCCCUAUUACUUGUACAUAGUCAUGACAAUGUUGCUUCCGUUUUUUGUCUAUUUUUUUAUGAACAAACCUUCUAAAAAAUUAAUUCAAACACACGGAGCAAUUAACGUCGCCUAAUUACUAUAAUUAAUGAUUACAUUAAUGAUUAAUCCCUGUAACGAACGUAUUUAUUAAUUUUCAUUAAAUUUAUUUAUUGUUUUCAUAUAUUUUAUAUUUUAUA